UCCUGUCCUGCAAUAACUUUCUAGUGACAUCAAUUAGUAAAACGGAAUUAUAUCAGGUCACUGAGCAGAGAAAAUCGUCUUUGCAAUCAGCGUCUUGUGAGUCCAUGGAUAAUUAUAACAGGCUGUGUUUCAUGCUCUACAUGAUUGUGCUGUUGGAUGUGGUUCCCUCUCUACCUAUUUUUCGGAGGAGCGUCGAAUCGGAUGACGAGAUCCCCUUGGAAAUACCAGUUGAACAUUUUGGGCUUGUGGAUGAAAGUGGGUUUUUACCAAGAUAUCCUUCAUUGAAGCAUCGAACGACCCAUAAGCAACCAGAGAGUCUGAAAAGGGCUGGGAAAAGUAAAAGAGAUGGACCAGAUAUCGGGGAAUUCUACUACGAUGACAUAAUGUAAACCACGCUCCACAAAGGUUUUUGCUGAAUCUGGCACAAAAUCCAAACUCACCAAGAGGUUUAAACUGGUGCAGAUAAGCCAUGGAGUAUCCUUUACAGACCAGGUGACAACCCCCUUUAGACACAGUCUCCAACAAGCAUUUAAUGGCAUAAGGAA